AGCUGUUUAUCUCUUUUUCUCUCUGUUUAUUCUGUGUUUAUAACUCACUCUAACAGAAAUACAGACAGUUUCCACCGUUUCCAUGAACAUGGGACAGAAACAAAUCCCCUUUUGAAAGCUCAGAUGAGAAUGUAAAAUGUGUGAGCUAACUCAGAAGCAGCCUUCUUCAUCCAGGCUGAGCUGAGCUGAACUGAACUGAGCUGAGCAGAGCAGGUUCUGAAGUUUUCUAGUUGGGCUUGAGAAGGUCAGAGAAAGGAAUGUCUUCCUGUUGCAAGUCUUCUCCUGUUUCUGGUGCCAACUUCCAUGCACAGUUGUAAUUUACUGUCACAAACACAUCAAGAAAUGCCGGCAAAAGGAAUUCGUCACACUGCAGAAAUUGGGGAAAAGGUGUUCAGAAGCACCAGCACUCAGAAAACAUCCUCCACUGCUCUCCAUGUGAACACCCCUCACAAACAUCCACAAAAGAUUACAAUCAAAGAAAGAUCCUGCUACUGCUCAGAGUGUGGAAAGAGUUUUACUACACAGAGUAAUCUACAAACACACCGACGUAUUCACACAGGAGAAAAACCGUAUCACUGCUCAGAGUGUGGAAAGAGUUUCAUUGUACAAAGUCAUCUUCAAAGACACCAGCGCAUUCACACAGGAGAGAAACCGUAUUCCUGCUCAGACUGUGGGAAGAGUUUUACUCAACAGAUCAAUCUUCAAACACACCAGCGCACUCACACAGGAGAGAAACCGUAUCACUGCUCAGAGUGUGGACAGAGUUUCAAUCAGCAGAGUCACCUCAGUACACACCAGCGCAUUCACACAGGAGAGAAACCUUUUCACUGCUCUGAAUGUGGAAAGAGUUUUACUGAGAGACGUACUCUACAACACCACCAGCGCAUUCACACAGGAGAGAAACCGUAUCAGUGUUUGGAGUGUGGUAAGCAUUUUAGGGAGAAUGGUGCCCUCAAUAAACACCAGCGCAUUCACACAGAUGUGAAACCAUAUAACUGCUCAGAGUGUGGAAAGGGUUUUGCUCUGCCGAGUCAUCUCCAAUUUCACCAGCAUAUUCACACAGGACAGAAACCAUAUCACUGCUCAGAGUGUGGGAAGAGCUUUACAAGGCAUGGUGGUUUUCAAAAACACCAGCGCAUCCACACAGGAGAGAAACCGUAUCACUGCUCAGAGUGUGGACAGAGUUUUAGAGAAAGUGGUACCCUCAGGAAACACCAGCGAAUUCACAGAAGAAAGAAAUCUGUUCAGAGUGUGGGAGAAGCUUCAAACGUUCACAUUUAAAGACACACAAAUACAUUAAUGGGUGUGCCUGCAGACUGAGCCUAGAAAUUGCUCAGCUAAAUCAUGAAGUUAAGUGCAUUUGUUUUGUUUUUUUUGUUUUUUUUUCAGGAUGUAGAGAAAUGAAAUAGGCUGUACCUCUUAUACAAAUAAAAAAAACAAACUUUU